CGGGCUGCUGAGGCGGAGCGAGACGCUCCUCGCCCCGCGGCUCCGUGGGGACCCCCUCUCCCGGGGGCCAUUCUACUUCAGUCCUGCAGUCUUCCCUUCAUCUGCUGUGUGAAGAAUGAUGAUUCCAUGAGAGAGCUUCCUUUUCAUUACCUGUCUACUGCUACUGCAUGCUGCUCCUGGCCAGUGAUGAACCAUUCUGCUAGACUGGGAUUUACCCUGAGGAGGGGAGAGGCAGAAUAUGAAUUGUAGACAUCCUGUCAAGAUUCUCACACACUCUUUUUACUGUGUCUGUAUAUAAAUCUGCUAGUAUCAAGCACACACGCUCUUUGAAACCUACAUUGGUAUUCACACAGUUGCUGCUGUGUAAGAGGACUGGUAUUUCUCACCAUCAUGGCUUCAGUUUGGAAAAGACUGCAGCGUGUUGGGAAACAUGCCUCCAAGUUCCAGUUUGUGGCCUCUUACCAGGAGCUGAUGGUUGAGUGCACCAAAAAAUGGCAGCCAGAUAAACUAGUGGUGGUUUGGACAAGAAGAAGCAGAAGAAAAUCCUCUAAGGCACACAGCUGGCAGCCUGGAAUCAAGAACCCAUACCGUGGAGUGGUGGUGUGGCCUGUACCUGAAAAUGUUGAAAUUACUGUGACUCUCUUCAAGGAUCCCCAUGCUGAAGAGUUUGAAGACAAGGAAUGGAUGUUUGUCAUAGAGAAUGAAUCUCCUUCUGGACGUAGAAAAGCGCUUGCCACCAGCAGCAUCAACAUGAAGCAAUAUGCCAGCCCCAUGCCUACACAGACAGAUGUCAGGUUAAAAUUCAAGCCUUUGUCUAAGAAAGUGGUAUCUGCCACACUACAGUUCUCCUUAUCUUGUAUUUUCCUGAGGGAAGGAAAAGCCACGGAUGAAGACAUGCAAAGCCUGGCUAGUUUGAUGAGUAUGAAACAAGCUGAUAUUGGUAACCUAGAUGAUUUUGAGGAAGACAAUGAAGAAGAUGAAGAAAACAGAGUGAAUCAAGAGGAAAAGGCUGCAAAAAUUACAGAAAUUGUAAACCAGUUGAAUGCUCUGAGCAGCUUAGAUGAAGAUCAAGAUGACUGCAUAAAGCGAGCAAAUAUGCCUUCAGCUAAAUCAGCCAGUUCCUCUGAAGAGCUUAUCAAUAAGCUUAAUUUUCUGGAUGAAGGGGAGCAAGACCUGGCCAACUCCAGCACGAACCCUUUUGGUGAUCCUGACACAGCAGAGUUAAAUCCAUUUGGAGACCCUGAUGUAGAAGUAGAACUUCACCCUAAAAGAGCUUCAUCUUCAAAGCCAGAAGAAAGUUUUGAUGUUGACAGUUACAAUCCCUUCAAGGACGAAGAUGCCCCAGAAUAUUUAAACCCAUUUGAUGAGCCGGAUCACCCACCUGAAGCACCUGGAAGUGUAAGAGAUUCUCCUCCACAACCUGCAAAAAGGAAAAGCAUCAGGCCAGUGGAUAUGAGCAAAUACCUCUAUGCAGAUACCUCUAAAGCAGAGGAGGAAGAGCUGGAUGAAUCAAAUCCAUUUUAUGAACCAAAAUCAAGCCCUGCUUUAAUUAAAGUUGCUCUGCAAGAGCCAGAAAAGAAGAUGAAAAGAAAGGCUCCUGAACCCCCAAACCUCUUGCCAAAGACAGAGAUGGUCGUGGGUGAGAACGUGUCGGCAAUUCCUGCAUCGAGGGAGCUUUCCUCCUCUCCUAAGCCAAGCCCAGUACCAAGUCCUGUUUUGGGGAGAAAGCCAAAUGCUAGUCAGUCAUUGCUCGUGUGGUGCAAAGAAGUUACAAAAAACUAUAGGGGAGUGAAAAUCACCAAUUUUACCACGUCGUGGAGAAAUGGUUUAUCCUUUUGUGCAAUACUACAUCACUUUAGACCAGACCUGAUUGACUACAAGUCCCUGAAUCCUCAAGAUAUUAAAGAGAACAACAAAAAGGCCUACGACGGGUUCGCCAGCUUGGGAAUAUCGCGGUUGCUGGAGCCUUCGGACAUGGUUUUGUUGGCCAUCCCCGACAAACUGACUGUCAUGACCUAUCUCUACCAGAUAAGGGCCCAUUUCUGCGGGCAGGAGCUGAACGUGGUUCAGAUCGAGGAGAACAGCAGUAAGAGCACCUACAAAGUGGGUAACUACGAAACGGACACGAACAGUUCUGUGGACCAGGAGAAGUUCUACGCGGAGCUGAGCGACCUGAAGCGGGAGCCCGAGCUGCACCCGCCGGACGGCGGCUUGGCAGACUUUGCCUCGCAGGAUGACUCCGUGUUCGUGAACGACAGCGGCGUCGGCGAAUCGGAGAGCGAGCAUCAGACUCCCGAUGACCAUUUAAGCCCAAGCACGGCUUCCCCUUCUUCACGCAGGACUCGAAGUGACACGGAUCCACAGAAAUCCCAGCAGAGCUCUGGAAGGACUUCUGCGUCUGAAGAAAUUGGGAAGUGUAGCAGUACAGACACGACACAAGUGCAGCCUGCGUUGGGAAGGAAGAAAUUGCUGAUAACUGACACUUUAGACUUCAGUGACUUAGCGCAUGUCAGUGAUCAAAAAGAGGAUAUGUCUCCCACAGUUGCUUGUGAAGAUAACAACAAGAAGAGACACCAGAGCUUAGACAGUACCCCUGGUUUCUCAGAGCAAGAAAAGCUGGGAUGUAUAGGAUCCACAGAGAGCACAAGAGCAGAUCCCAGUUCACCUGUCACAAAACCGAGUUUAUCUCCUACUUCUAAGCCUGGAUACUCCUAUAAUAUGGAUAUGGAUCUUGCAAAGAAGCCACAUGCUUCUCUGAGGCAAACAGAAUCUGAUUCUGACGGUGAUGCCAGAACAGCUUUAAAUCAUGCAGAUCAAACUGCAAAAACAGCCCAGCAACGUAUGUUGUCAAGACAGGAAGAACUUAAAGAACGAGCGAGAGUUCUGCUUGAGCAAGCAAGAAGAGAUGCAGCAUUAAAGGCAGGGAAUAAACAGCUAACCAGUACCCUCAUCCCAGCCCGCAAUAAGCAGCUGAACGAUCAGCAAGAUGAAGAGCGGCGUCGGCAGCUGAGAGAGAGAGCUCGUCAGCUAAUAGCAGAAGCUCGAUCUGGAGUGAAGAUGUCAGAACUUCCCAGCUACACUGAAAUGGCUGCAGAAAAGUUGAAAGAAAGGUCAAAGGCAUCUGGAGAUGAGGAUGAGGAUGAUGAUAAUAUUGAGAUAGAUACUAAUGAGGAGGCUCCUGAAUGCUCUGUUACUGGAGGUGGAGAUGAACUUACUAACCUAGAAAAUGACCUUGAUUCAACGGCAGAACAAAACAGUAAGUUGGUGGAUUCGAAGCUGAAGAAGCUCCUAGAAGCUCAGCCACAGGUGGCAAAUUCACUCUCCAGUGCUGCUCAGAAAACUGUAACAGAUAGCUCAGAGCAAGACAUUAAGCAGAAUGGAACAGAGGAACAUCAUGCUGAGCGAUCACAAAAAGCAGCAGAACGGUUUAGAAAUCCCGUUGUGUUCAGCAAGGACUCGACCGUCAGGAAAACUCAGCUCCAGUCUUUCAGUCAAUACGUGGAGAGCAGACCAGAGAUGAAAAGGCAGAGAUCAAUACAGGAAGAUACAAAAAGAGGAAAUGAGGAGAAGGCUGCGAUAGCUGAGACUCAGAGGAAGCCAUCAGAAGAUGAAGUGCUUAAUAAAGGGUUCAAAGACACCAGUCAGUAUGUUGUAGGAGAAUUGGCAGCACUAGAGAAUGAGCAAAAGCAAAUUGACACCCGUGCCGCGCUGGUGGAGAAGCGCCUUCGCUAUCUCAUGGACACAGGAAGAAACACAGAAGAAGAAGAAGCUAUGAUGCAGGAGUGGUUCAUGCUGGUUAAUAAGAAGAAUGCCUUAAUAAGACGAAUGAACCAGCUUUCUCUUCUGGAAAAAGAACAUGACCUAGAAAGGCGCUACGAGCUGCUGAACCGGGAGCUAAGAGCAAUGCUGGCUAUUGAAGACUGGCAGAAGACCGAGGCGCAGAAGAGGCGAGAGCAACUCUUGCUGGACGAACUCGUUGUUCUCGUUAACAAACGGGACGCGCUGGUCAGGGACCUGGACGCCCAGGAGAAGCAGGCCGAGGAAGAGGACGAGCAUUUGGAGAGGACCCUCGAGCAAAACAAAGGCAAGAUGGCCAAGAAGGAAGAGAAAUGCAUUCUCCAGUGAGCGGCCUUCCUGCGGCGGCAGCGAAAUCGCAGCGCGGCUUUCUUACGUUCUUAAAAUGUCGACAUGAGACUGGGAAAAAAAAAAAAAAA